CGGCGGUGUAGAGAGACUUGAACAAACGCACGAUCGACCACCGCGCCCGUCUCGAUCAGCCUCUGCUUGUCUUUUCUUCUCGACGCUGUCGUCGGCGACGUCGCCAACGACCAGCGUACCUUUCUUGCAUGUUCCAUGGAUAGCACUCCCGCGCUAUCUCGUCUUCGCCCCUCGCGAUUCUCUCAGUUCUCACAGCGGUCCGGGACCGACCUCCACUAUCUGGCGCCCCAAGCUGGUCCUUCACGGAUUUCUUCGCACAUGGACGCGUUGGACGCUCCUUCCGACGACGACGAUGACGAGCAAGCGACACCGCGAGUGGCCACCAGGCCCCAGCUGGCCACCGCCGCCGAUCCGACACCUUCACAGGCUACCUACGAAACCGGUGCCGCACGACUGCGCGCAGUUCUCGCUCUGGCCCAUGAUCGGUCGUCUGCACGGCGACCCUCGCCUCCACGCUCGGCUGCGAGUAUCUCUGACGUAGAGUCUGACUUCGAGUCUCCGCAUGCCACUGUCUCCGAGUCGAUCCACGUGCAGAAGUUCAAGGAUCUCUUCACCAAAGCACACUCCGAAUGGACACCUCCCAAGUCUGGGAAACCCGGCCCUCGACGGAACAGCAUCGACGGCAGUGAGGCGGAGGAUAGCCCUCGAGUUGAACGUGUGCAACAGGAGCGCGAGCAGCUCAAGGGCAAGAGGAGGAUCGCAAGCGAUGAGGAAGCAGAGGUCCCACCCAAAAGCUCUGAAGGCUCUCAAACCUCUCGCUACGCAUCCUCUUCAGCCGCCAAGCUCAGCGCGCUUCAAGACAGGCUUGAGGCCAGUCUGCCCCCCACAGCUUCACGAGAGCCAAGCAGGAGUACAGCGUUCGCCAUGGGCAAUGGAAUGAGCGGGGCAGAGGAGCUGAUGCAGCUAGAGCCUCCAACGGUCAUGGAUGUAUCGGGUGACACCAGUGGUGAGACGGCGAAGAUGUUCCGCAAUAUGGAGGGAGAGCCCUCUAUGAACGGCGCACCGCUCGCAGCCAGCACCCCGAUGCGAUCAGUACAGAUGCCCUCGCACCUUGAAUCUCAGUCCAAUCUUCUCGGGGAAGAUUCAGAUAUGCGAAACGCAAUGAGGGGGCUUGACAGCGAGGGCGAGUCUUACGCUGUCCAGCGUAGCAGACUUCCCUUUCCUGGUUCACGAUCAAACGGCCGAGAACCGUCCCCAGACGCUGCUGCUCGUGCACAUAUGAAAUCCCACACAACGCACAAUAUUCCAGUUCCCAGACGGGUGAGCGGUGGACUGAACGGUGGACGAGAGAGUGCGGCUGCAUCAUGGAGCUCGUCGCUAUCAGCCUCUGACUUUCAAGAUCGUUACAGGGCCGACGAGCAGGAUAAGCUGUAUGAGCGCGAACGCCAAUGGAAUAAACCAAACGACAAUUCGCCACGACGCACUCCAGAAUCGGCGCGGCGCGUUUCAGCAGGUUCGCCAUCAUUCAACACUACCAUUAGGCCUGGCGAUGGCGGUAGUCCUAGGCAGAAUGUAUCUAGGCGAGCCAGCAUGACCUCUCUUCGCAGUUACGGCAGCAGGUCGUCAUUGAGCUCUAACGCAGACUAUCGAGAACGAAUAACAGAGUUCGAGGAUGAGAAGUACAGGGAAAGAGAACGCGGUUGGAAUAAGCCGAGCCCUCGACGAGCGUCCUCCAGCCAGAGUAUGAACUCGCCUAAUGAUCGUUCUCGAAAAUAUAGCACGCCUCCACGACCUGGGUCGGAACAAGGCUACAAUAUGAUCAACGGCCGCCCCAUGAGCUGGCACUCGCCUGGAUCACUCAAACAGACGAUCCGCGCAGGCUCGCCAACGCCAGGUGUCGAGAAUGAAGGUCGUGACGACUCCUCGAAGCCGGUUGUUCAAGAGCGGGAAAGGAACUGGAACUCUCCGCAUCCGCAGUGGGUGUAUCAAGUCCCAAGGUCUAUGUCUCCGCUUCCGCCGCCCCCGGAUGCCUCCGGCACUGGAUACGGUCGUCCGCCAGCUGACUGGGAUCCAAACCGCAUCGAGAGCCCGUCCCGGGCCCGCCGCCCGAGUCUGAUCAACGGCCGCGGGACCUCGUACGGGCGCAGCAGGACAAGCAGCCUCAGCGAAGAACCGCCCAAGCCACAGCCGUCGCUGCCGCGCGCCGUAACCGACCCGCAACACCCUCGACGUUCGCUGUCGCCCGCGUUCAGCGAGGCCGCAGAAGACAACGAGCUGAGGGAGGCCAGCGCGCGGUUCGGGUGGGCGAUGCCGAAGAGGCGGGCGAACCUCCCGCCGUUCCAGCCUGAUGUCGAGACGCCGCAGAGGCGUUCCUCCACCCCCGACAGGCCCAGUCCGUCGAAUCGACUGAGCACACGCACGAGUCUUAUUCCGGUUCGCUCGCCGGGCAGGAAGGAGGACGGUACAUCACCGAGAUCGGACAGGAAGGAGAGGAAGAAUGACGUAACUUCGCCGAGACCGGAGAGGAAGGAGAAGGAGGAGAGUACAGGGCAGAAAAAAGACAAGGGCAAGCAAAGGGAUAUGGGCAACGAGCUGCCUCCUGAACCACCACAGCCUUAUCCUAUGCGACGGUCGAGAAUUGAACCAGUAGACCUAAUCAGCGCCCCAACAGAGAACCUAGUCCUUACCGAUAUCGAGAGUGGAAGCGACCGCGAAUCUCAAGCCACUAGUACGCCUACCGGACGACCAGCCACGUUGCCUCCUCCUUCCGAGGUCGGGCCUUAUGAGACAAGGAAAUCUGCUCACCCGUUAUCUGUAGAAUCUCCUGAGCAGAAUAACUCCAGCGUGUUCCCAGACAGUUUCAUUACUGCCGCCUCCCCGUCUUCCCCGCAGCUAUCUCCAGUUCGUGAACGCUCUCCAGAGCCACUAUUCGGUCUGUCCACUCCGCCUCGGCACUCACAGAACAUCUCGAAGCUCGUGUUCGAGACGCCGUCACCCCCACGCAACAUGCCCGAACUGCCUGCUUUGCCGUUAAAUGGCUCGUCGUCAUCUGAGGGCGAACACGACCAUCCGGCCACGCCGAUCAUGGAACGCAGAAGCCUGCUGGCUGACUUCACCGCUGCCAAGACGCCUAAACCUCCGGGCGCGUGGGCUCCUACGCCUGUUCCCGUCGAGAAGGCUGAGAAAGCGGACACGCACCCACCACCAGCCGCCCCUUCGUUACCGCCUGAGGCUGCAACUCCAACCCCUGUGUCGGGGCCAGCUGAGCCAUCGGUGGUUAUCCCGACUCCGGCGCCCCCUGGUGCAUGGCAGCCCACACCCGUGGGCUCGAUGCGACGCAGAAGCAUCCUCAAGGUCCGCUUCGACGUCGACCCGAACACGUCCGGCGAGAGCAUGCCAGAGGUCCCCAUGAUCGGCCCUGGCACGGGUGACCCUGCCGCAGACAGCAUGUCAGAGAUGUUCCCACCGCUGAUGCCGCCGCCGCCGCCGGCCGCGCAACGCGAAGAGCCGAAGGAAGAGGUGCAGCGGCCGAGCACUCCCCCGGCGGCGCGCCCGCGGAAGGCGUUCAGGCCGCCGGGCAUGACGCUUGUAGAUGCGUACGGAAACGAGGUUGUCGAGAGGCCGGCUCCCGAGCUGUCUGCGUCUUCGUCGACGCAGAGCGACGACGGCGUGCCGGACGCCCCGCUGGUGCAGCCACCUGUCCCUGCACUGCGUACCAUGAGGCCCAUCACGAUCGUGGACCCCAUGGGCCGUGAGGUGAAGGAGGAGGAAGAGGAGCCGUCGCCGAUCAUGCAGCCGGCGGAGGAGAGGGUGAAGGAGGAGGACGUUGAUUACGAGAGCGCUCGCCCGAUGUCCCGCAGAGAGAGCCUCACUCGCCUGCGCGAUGCCAUCAAGGAGAUGGCGGAGGACCUCGGCGAGAGCGACGACUCCCAUAUCGCCUCACGGCUGGACGACAAGCGGCUAGACGAGCUCUAUCGGAAGUCGCAAGCUGCGCAGAAUGCUCGAAGGGACCUUGCAGAAACCCUCAGGAAACGACUGUCUAAUCCCAACAUCCAAGCCAAAGACUGGCUGCCUCGCGAGGCUGUGAGCAAGGGCAAGCUUAUCCAACGCGGCGGACGGUUUGCCGUCGAUUGCCUGAACACAUGGGUCCUGUGGACGUUCGUCGUCCUCCAGAUUCUGCUCUUGAUCUACAUGUACCGCCUCUCCACGAUCCGCGCGAAGCAGAUAUUCCUCACGACCUACUACGACGCCUUCACGCCCGACCUCUUCUCGCACAUCUCGAAGACGCAUUUGGUACGGCACGCGAGACCGCCCGCCUCCUCGCCGUCUGCCACGCCGUUCUCCAUCGCAGACGCGCUCACGCGCGACGGGUGGAAAGGCGCCCUGCACGAAGCGUGGACGCGCGCCAUGCUCCUUGUUGCCGAAUGGCGGAACCAUGUCUGGGACACCUGGGGGCAGCACCCUGGGCGGACGGCUGCCUGGCCUCCGACGUGAACUCGAACGUGGGGCUUCGGUUUUUUUCUUUUUCUUUUCUCAUGAUGAGAAUACUCCCUGCUACUACCAUCCAACGUAUUGGAUACCUCGACCUCCAUCUCCUCCGCUGUCGCUUGUUUUGGUGUGCGUUCGCUCUAACGACCCCCUUUCUGAGGGCUAAUCUUUGUGUCGCUCUAUGCUUUGAUCUUUGGAUGUCGCACUCUCC